UAACAGUUCUAACAGUCGUCUCACAGAAGGACACACACACACAGAUUACGAACCCCUCAGAAGUGUUAAUUUUCCCGAGCCACGUGAACGCCGCUCGUUGAGCCACGUGACCGGGAUCAGCUGAUCGUCGGGCGGAAGCGGAUGAAAAUGGAAACAUGGUGGCUUCACUGAGCAGGUUACCUGUCACGGACUCUCUGAAGCUUUGUCACAGGGUGGUGGAUGGACUGUGUGGCCGGGAACCUCCUCGCCAGGGGGAUUACAGCGCCGCCUGGAGCCUGGAGGAGUGGCUGCAGCUGCUCAGCUCCCUGAUGGCCUUCUUCCGCCUGGCAGUUGGGAACAACAGCUCAGAUGAAGAGGUGCUGGCUGGGCUGACAGAUUUGGACAGCAGCCACGCUGAGAUGCUGCUGAGCGUGCUGAGGGCCAGAGAGGAGGAGAUCCACCGCGCUCUGCUGGAAAGAACCAACUCCAUCUCUUCAGCCACUCUGCAGGAUUUUGACUGGCAGCUUAAAUUGGCUCUGUCCAGUGAUAAGAUCUCAUCUCUCCACACUCCUCUGCUCAGUCUCAGUCUGGACCUGAGAGUGAACGGAGACCUCCGGCCCGUCACCAUGGAGAUGAACAGAGAGGAGCUGAGCACACUCAUCAGUUCACUAGAGGCUGCUAAUAAGGUGGUGCUGCAGCUGAAAUGAUGGAAAGAUUUGAUGGAACCACUGAUGCACGACCACAGGAAGUCCAGUGAAUGUCACGUUGUCAAAAAUGUGUAGAUGAGAUUCUCUCCCGUGAUUGUGUGCUGUGGACACAGUGACAGUGUCACUUGUGUCCGUCGUAACUCAGUCUUGCACAUGAGCAGCUGAACACAAGUUUUUUUGUGGGGGGUUUUGUCAUGAACAUCCUGAAAUAAAUGUUGGCUUUUUGCUAAAUUAUUUUGAUUUCAUUGAAUUUAAUUUAGCUGCUAUCCAUUAAUUUUUACAAAUGGUUGGACCAUUUCACAUGAGGUUAUAUACCAUAGUAACAUACCGCAUUUGGUUAAUGCCUUCAUUAUGAGUGAUAUUCAUAGACUAUUUGAAAAUGGACGUAGUUACUGGGUCUGGAAAAUGAAGCCAAUGCAGAAGUGACAGAAGUCUACAUUUAUCACAGAUAGAGUAGCUUCUGAAGCCUCUCAGAUCAUGUCAUUUUUUGCACGAUAUAUGUUGUAAAUUUAAUUGUGCAUUUAAUAAAAUUGCCAUUUUUGUCCAUCAA